AUGACAGACUCAAGGCCCGUCGUCGUCGACAACGGCACCGGCUUUGUCAAGGUCGGCUAUGCCGGCUCCAACUUUCCCGAGCAUGUGUUUCCGUCGAUCGUCGGACGACCCAUCCUGCGUUCCGAAGAGCGCGACGCCAUCUCGAGCAACACCGGCACGCAGAUCAAGGACAUCAUGGUGGGCACCGAGGCAGAGGAGCUGCGCAACUACCUCCAGAUCAACCAGCCCAUGGAACACGGCAUCGUCAAGGAUUUCGGCGACAUGCGCCACGUGUGGAACUACACUUUCGACGAAAAGCUGCGCAUCGACCCGCAGGGGCGCAAGAUCCUGCUCACCGAGCCGCCCAUGAAUCCCAAGAAGAACCGCGAGGAGAUGUGCCAGAUCAUGUUUGAAGAGUACGGCUUCGACGGCGUCUAUGUCGCCAUCCAGGCCGUGCUGACGCUCUAUGCCCAGGGUCUUCAGACGGGUGUGGUGGUCGACUCGGGCGACGGUGUGACGCACGUCGUGCCCGUGUUCGAAGGAUUUGCACUGCCCCACCUCACCAAGCGGCUGGAUGUGGCGGGUCGCGAUGUGACGCGCUACCUGAUCAAGCUGCUCCUCAUGCGCGGAUACGCGUUCAACCGCACCGCCGAUUUCGACACGGUGCGUCAGAUCAAGGAAAAGCUGUGCUACGUCAGCUACGACCUCGACCUGGACAAGAAGCUCGCCGAAGAGACAACAACGCUCGUCGAGCAGUACACGCUGCCGGACGGCCGCAUCAUCAAAGUCGGCUCCGAACGCUUCGAGGCGCCCGAGUGCAUGUUCCAACCGCAUCUGGUGGAUGUCGAGCAGGCGGGCGUUGCCGAGCUCCUCUUCAACACCAUCCAGUCCGCCGCGGUCGACACGCGCGCCGAGCUGUACAAGCACAUUGUGCUCUCGGGCGGAUCAUCCAUGUAUCCGGGUCUGCCCAGCCGUCUGGAAAAGGAGAUGAAGCAGCUCUACCUCACGCGCGUGCUCAACAACGACGGCGCGCGCUUGAAGAACUUCAAGAUCCGAAUCGAGGAUCCGCCGCGCAGAAAGCACAUGGUCUUCCUGGGCGGCGCCGUGCUCGCCGACAUCAUGAAGAACAGGGAGAGCUUCUGGAUCUCGCGUGCAGAGUGGUACGAACAGGGCAAGGCGUGCCUCGACCGUCUGGGCCGUCAUUCUUGA